AUGUCUCUGUCUGCUUCUGACAGCAACGGCUCUUUUUCCCGUGUCGCUUCCGGGAAGACACCCCCUCCAGCACCGUCUGCUGCUUUCGCAAAGAGGGCGCGGGAGAUCGAGGCUGAAGAGAGACUAGGUGCUAGAUACAGGCCUCCCGCGCUGCGCGCCUUGGCUUCAGGUGGUUCCCCUCCUAAUGAUUCCCCGUCCACGAUCACUCCAGGCGAUACAUCUACCUUGCCUCCACCCACAACUUACCCAGCGGGCUUCAGGAGGGCUAGGGCCGGAACCUUACCUUCCAAUGUCCAACUUGCUGCUCAACGGUUUGCAGCUGCGUCCAGCAACCUGGGAAGUACUCCCGCUUCGACUGAAUCAUUCUCGGACCAGCUGCAGAGGCAAACCAUUACCACCCCUUCUGCCACGCCAGCAGCAGCACCUGUUCGCCCCGGUUUACGUCAUUCGGCUUCCAUCGCGUCGUCGGUCGCCUCAUCCGCUCUCACGGAGCGCCAGAGUCGUCUCCGUUCAGGAUCAUUGACACUGCCCACGGGCAACCUCUCCAAUGCCUUCGGGUCUUCAAUCUUUUCGUCAUCCUGGCUUUCGAGGAACGAUGGGGGUGCUGGAUUACCUGUCCUAGAUGAUUUGCGUUCCGUCACGUCAAUGGAUUCUGGCGCUGAUGACUUUGACGUCCAUACCCUCGACUAUCUGGGUUUAGACGAGACACUCCGUCAUCCCCCUGCUGCUACUAUCACUGAACUGCGCAACCAGGCACAGGCCGCGAUCGCUGGAAAUUUGGCUUCGCACCCGUCACGUCUGCGCGCGAUCACCGUCUCGACUCCGUAUCAUGUCAGGUCCUCCGCCUCCAACCCUUUACUUUCUACUCCAACUGCUCAGGAGGAAGAAGAGUUCUAUGAUGAGGAUAUGUACCACAGCCAGGGCCUGGACUCGUACGAUGACAACGAGUCGAACGACUUUUUAUCUUCCAACUAUGUCGCCAAGGGUUUCAAGCACGGUGAUCAUCUCACUCUUCCCGGCCUCGGGUCCAGACCUCGUGCGAUUUCUGUUGGUAACCUCGAUGAUACUUCAAGGUCUCUCCAUCGCCGCGCCGCUGCUGCAGAAGCACAGCAAGCAAGCUACGCGACAGAUCUCUCUUUGCAGACCGCCCUUGGUAGCGGCAGCCUCAGUCCCGCUAGUAUCCUGAGAUCGGACAAGCUCACCGGUAUCCGUAAUGGAGGUUCCCCGACCGUUCACUUUCCUGUUGGAGAACUCCCGCGAAGUUCGUCUUACCUCGCUGCACCAUCCACCUCCCAGAACCGUGCCGUCUCUCCCAAAUCGGAGAGCUCGUCCACACAGAUGCAGACUCCGACCCGAUCUUUGUGGAUCGGUAACUUGGAUAGCUCAGUUACCAGCGAACAGCUCAUCCAUGUGUUCGCUCCCUAUGGUGCGAUCGAAAGUUUGAGGUUGUUGCCGGAAAAGGAGUGCGGUUUCGUUAACUUCGUAGAUCAAGCGGAUGCGGUUCGUGCCAAAGAAGAUGUGCUCAACCGCCUUGGCGGUGACAUCGGUAUGCCCAAUGGCCAGACGGUUCGGAUUGGGUUCGGAAAGGCGGACAGUGCCCCGGUCGCUCCCGCUAAAGGAACCACGCUGAACAGCCCUUCGGCCACCUCUCCCGGAGGAGUUUUGGGCAAGAGUACCGGCAACAAUUCUGGUUUGGCGGGUAUGGAUGCUCAAUUGCAAUCCACUCCCACGAGAGCGUUAUGGAUCGGUUCCAUUCCAUCCACGACGACUCCAGCUACCAUCUUGAGCGUUUUCAGUCCGUAUGGACCGAUCGAGUCAGCACGAGUUCUCACCCACAAGAAUUGCGGAUUCAUCAACUUUGAACGCUUGGAUGAUGCGGUGAGGGCCCGAAAAGCUCUCAAUGGUCGUGACGUGUUGGGUAGUGAUGUCGGUGCCAUCCGUAUUGGGUUCGCUAAGGUGCCCGUGAAGAACGGACAGGAGAGUAAUGGUGCUCAAGAUGAUAGUGUUGGCCUCAAUGUCCAGGGCAUCGGCGAUCUGAGUGUUGGCGCCACAAUUCAUGCCCUCCGCAACAUCAAGGGUGCAUCCACUAUCCCUGUUGACCAGCAGGUCCUGAGUGGUGCGGUGGAGAAUUACAGGUCGAACCUCCUCCUCAGCAUGAUUAGCUCUGGCGCCCAUUCCCCGUACGACGGUGUUGGCAAGCCUGCUGGUUGGACAGCUUCGGUUACUGAGCAGCAAAUGAUCAUGAAGGAACUCAGUGGCGGUAGUCCGGAUGCGGACGCUGAUAUUCAGGCCCUUGCAGAAUUCCGUCCCCCUACUAUGUAUUACACCACGAUUCCGCUGGUCUCCGAGAGACCGCAUAACAGACGGUGGGAUGCGUCGAAGUUACGCGAGCUGCGGAAGCGCCUCGACACUAGUACAAUCUCCACUGAGGAGAUUGAUAAUGUCGCUGCGGAUUUCCUCGACGGCGAGAUUGUUGAUCUUGCCUCAGAUUGGCUUGGGAAUACGGUUGUGCAGAAGCUGUUCGAGAAAUGUUCUGCUGGUCCUAGAUUGGCAAUGCUCGAGCGCAUUAGCCCUCACCUUGCCAUGAUUGGUAUCCACAAGAAUGGUACUUGGGCAGCGCAGAAGAUCAUCGAGUGCGUCCAGACGCCUGACGAGGUUGCUAUUAUUACGCAGAAUUUGAGGCCCUAUGUUCCUCCCCUCCUCUUGGAUCAAUUUGGAAAUUAUGUCGUACAGUGCUGCCUUCGCUUUGGUGCUCCGGCCACAGAUUUCCUGUUCGAUGCCAUGGUCGACCGUCUUUGGGAGAUUGCACAGGGUCGCUUCGGCGCUCGUAGCAUGAGGGCGUGCCUCGAGAGCACCAAUAUUACCCUGAGCCAGCAGCGCCGCAUCGCCACGGCUAUCAUUCUCAACUCGAUUCCGUUGGCCACCAACCCCAACGGUGCGCUGCUGUUGACGUGGCUCUUGGAUACGUCGAGUUUCCCAUCAAGGUACAACUUGCUGGCUCCCCGCUUCACACCGCAUCUGUCGCACCUGUGCACCCAUAAGUUGGCAUCCCUGACGGUGCUCAGGAUUGUGAACCAGAAGGUUGAACCGGAGGCUUCAAGCCAGAUUGUAGAAGCUCUGUUCUCGUCUCCUGGAGACCACGUUCUCACUGAUGUGUUGGGUGAUCAAGUUAACGGCGUCGCCGUUGUUCACAAGAUUCUCACUAGCCCCUUUGUGGAUCCCGCUCUCCGUCCGACCUAUGUAGAUGCCACGAAGCGUGUACUCAUCGAGCUCAAGGUGAUUGCCACUCAAGCCUACCGUCGUUUGAUUGAGGAAGUCGGAUUACCUGUCCCGAACUUGCAGCCCACGUAUUCCACCAACGUCCCACAGCCUAGUAAGACCAAGUACACGGCGCAGAGCAAUUACACGAUGCCUGGUCUUCCUGCUGGAUAUCCGUCCAAUGAUCAGGGUCUCGCCUCCAUGAUGGCGGCCCUACAGAUGGGUGGACAAAAUGCGGCGUCUGGUCCUCCUCGUCUGCAGAUUGAUCCGGGGUAUGGUCAGGUCCCACAGAACGGUACGGGACGAGGUCGUGCUUCGAACCCUCCUUCAGCCUUCUCCCCGUCGACCGAUCCUUUCAACCCAUUCCGGUCUCCUGACGUGAACACUCAGAGGAAUGGCGUUCCUCGUCGAAACGGAGGUAUGCCGUCUGCGGCUGGCGGGACGUCGUCCAUCCCGUUCGGAGCUCAGUCUCCCAGCCUUACUCAGGCGGCCAACCUGAUGGGCAUGACACCGCCGCCGUACGCUAGCAUGUCUCCUCAGUCCGUGCCACCUCACGUCUACCAGGCAUACAUGUAUCAGAUGUAUCAACAGCAAAACACCCCGAACAUGGGGACCUUCCACGCCUAG